UGAGAAUUUAGCAUCAUGAGGGCUGGCUCCUACAGAUACAGACUCUGUGGCUGCUCCUUUGAAGACAGUGGAUGCAGAAUGAAUUGCUCCUGGGGACUCCCAGGCAGCAUGAUGAAAUGGAAAGAAUAUGAGAUUCUGAAAUUGGAAGAACUGGGCAUAAAUCCCAGUUUCUGCACUACCAGCUGUGUGACCUUGGAUAUGAAGAGUUCCACUCAGGGGACCACGCUGAAGCAACAAGGCUUUCACGAGGUGCACAGAAAAAGGACUUUCUUACAGGAUAACAGCUGGAUAAAGAAACGUCCUGAAGAAGAAAGAGAUGAAAAUUAUGGGAGGGUGGUGCUCAACCGACAUAACUCCUGUGAUGCCUUGGAAAGGAAAGUAAAUGAUGAGCCAAAAGCCACAAUUAGUCGGUACAGAUCUGAUGAUGCUUUGGACAGGAUCUCAGACAGAAAUGAUACAGCUAAAACAUGUAAGGCCAAUACUCUGGAAAACCGACUAACUAAUAGAAAUGUACACACGUUUAAAUUACCAGAAGCAGCAAAAACGCAGCCCAGAGGUUUGUUCAGCACAAACACCGCCAACACUCCAGCUUCCACCUCUGCUGCAACACCCGGGAAGAAAAAGAGACAGUCCUGGUUUCCGCCACCCCCUCCUGGUUAUAACAUCACUGCAAGCACAGGAGCGAGCAGAAGGGAACCAACUGUUCACCCUCCAGUACCUCCAAAGCCCAGUUCUCCUAUUUCAUCUCCUAACCAGCUAAGACAUGAUAAUAGGAGUCAGGAUCUUGGGAACAUCGUGAAGGUGGCCACUUCCCUUCAGAAAACUGACAAGGGUGAAGAAAUAGAUAAUGUCAUCAAAAUGAACAAAAGCCUGAAUAGAAAUCAAGGUCUUGACGGUCUCUUCAGAGCAAAUCCUAAAGCAGAGCUAACAGAGAAAAGAGCCAAAAGCCUUGAAAAUCUCAUUUUUAUGAAUACUCGGACAGACAAAGAAGGCAAAGGAAAACAAGACCCCAAUGGACUUACCAAAGUGAAUCCUGAAACAAAUGCAAAUAUCAAGAGGGGCCACAGCCUUGACAAUCUCAUCAAGAUGACCCCUAAAGUAAACAGAAGUAACCCAGGUUCCAACAACCUUAAUUGCCUCAUCAAAGUGGAUCCAAAAACAGAAAAAAAUGGGCACAGGGGUCAAAGUUUUGACAGCCUCAUCAAAGUGGCUCCUGAAAAAAGCAGAACUAACCAAGGUGAAGAAGGUCUUGCUGAACUUAUUAAUGUAAGCCCCAAAGCUGUCAAAAACACGGCUGGAAAUGAAGAUCUUGAUAAGCUCAUCAGAGUGAAUCCUGAAACACUCACCAACAACCGAAGAAACCAGGAUCUUGACCUCAUCAAAGUGAAUCCUGCAGUCAUCAGAAGCAAUCAGAGAGACCAGGACAUGAAAAAUUUAACUGAAGUAAAUUCUAAUGUGUCUAAAAACAAGAAUGGAAGCUCCAGGGCUGAGACCAUGCGCAUGGGACCAAAGAAUACUGUUGUGUACACAAGGGCGUAUGUGGAGAAUAGUAAAUCACCAAAGGAGAGAUAUCAGGAGAAUAUCUCUGGAAAAUACAUACAAACUGUUUACUCAACUUCAGAUAGGUCUAUCAUUGAAAGAGAUAUGUGUACUUACUGCCGAAAACCCUUGGGCACAGAAACUAAAAUGAUUUUGGAUGAAUUACAAAUCUGCUGCCAUUCCACUUGCUUCAAGUGUGAAAUAUGCAAACAGCCUUUGGAAAACCUACAAGCAGGUGACAGUAUUUGGAUUUACAGACAGACAAUUCACUGUGAACCUUGCUACUCUAAAGUUAUGGCGAAGUGGAUUCAAUAGUCCUGGCACAUGGAAACCAAGAUGAAAUCAUUCAUUAAGUAAUUAAAAUUUUUAUUUUAGGAGUAUGUAAUUUAGAUAAGUUUUUAGACCAAAGAUCGGCUCUUGUAUACAACGAACAAUUCUGCUAUUGUUCAAAUAACUUAAUUGCCUUCAAUAAGGUCAUAUACACAAUGGGGACCCUAUGGUAUCUGGCUAGAUUUAGCAAUAAAAAAUUCAAGUGGUUCCAGCUACCAGUGUCAAAGGAAUGAUGCUUCUGAUGGCAGCGAGCAUUGUCACUCCUAACCAUGUCCACGUCUGCCCUGUAUUCAGGCUAUUCAUCAUGGUUUUCACUGUAGACGUGUCUCAUUUUCUUACCUUUGUUUCCCUAAGGAUUUGGAUUUACAGACAUUAUUGACAUCCUGACAAACUGUCAAGAAAGCAAGAUAUGUUUCCUUCAUGUACAAAAGAAAUGUUGAAGGAAAUUUUCUUACAAAGUUUGUCAGAAAGUUGUUAACAUAUAAAGUUAUAUAUAGACUCAGAAAAACUUGAAUUUUCCAGAUCUCUGUGCCAUUAAUCUAUCAUAUGAGAGACAUUGGACAAAAUGACUCCUAAGGCCCCUUUCCACUCCCCAAAUUAUCUGAUUCUAAAGCAAGUUUUUGUUUGCUCUUUAGAAAUACAUCUGAAUAUGUGUUUGUUAAACAUAUUGAACCAGAUAGGAUAUCUAAACAUUUAAUCUUAAUGGAAUCCUUCAGUUUAUCACAGACAUAAUUUUUAUCGAAUUUGUUUUAAAAACAGAAAGACAUAGAUUUAUGGGUAAUGGAUAAAAUCAUAUGACAUGGAUAGAUUACAUAAUAUUAUUUGUUAAAUUUUUCUUUGCAUGCAUUUCAAAAUCUGGGUAUAUAACUAAUCUUUGAGAAACAAUGGUUAUGGACUCUAAAGACAUGUUCUUUAGCAUGUUACAUAUGUUCAUAGUACAUAGCACUUUAUAAUUACAAUCAGCUUAUAAAAAUAAAAUGAUCUGUUAUACAGUCUUUUGUGUGGAAUGUCUAUAUCAUUCACUGACAUUGAUUGUAUUAAUUAUAGUGGUCACAGUUUAUUAUAUUCUAUGCCAUGUUGGUUAACUUAAUUUUUUUAAGUGCUCAAGCUAUUGCUUUUAUUUCUAAAGAACUUUUCUUAAGAAAAUGAAAAUUCAAUAAUCACAGGUAAGGGACUAGUAUUAUUAUUAAAACUGAGAAAUUGAACUUAUAAACUAUUUUAUAUGCACUUCAAAAUUGCUUCUCAAAGGAAGGCAUAUGGAAGGAACAUUGAGGAGAAGGUGGAAUUUUAGGGAAGUUCAAGGUGGUUCUGAAAAUCUGACAGACUAGGAAGAUUAAAGGGCAAUCAUGUAUUUUCCAAAUGUUGAUAAAUUUAAAGAAUUAUUCUUCUGUAUAAUGAUUUCAAACAUCUGUUGCCCUUAGAGACUGGUCCGCAAAGUGUUAAAUACAAAAUGCUUAUCAAAGUACAGCAAUGUAAAAUUGUUGUCCUAUGGAGAGAGAGCCAGGAAAAACAAUUAAUAAUAAUUUGAUAUUCAUUAAUUCAUGCUUGAUGAGAAGCAGUGGUAAUUGAGCCAUGUGUUUUAUUGUUCUUUUAUUACAUGCUAUCAGAAUGGAUCAAAAGAAAUAAUUUUCUUAGAGUUGGAAUUUGUGCUAGAAAAGGACGGAUGGAGUAGUAUCUCUCUUUUAUAGUGUAUUAACAUCUCAAUGCCUUUGUAGUAAUUAAAAAUCAUUUGAAUAUCAUUUAAAAAGUAUUUUACUUCUUAAUGAAUCAUUUAAAAAACCUAAAAGAAACAUAUUUUUCACUUCUUAUAGCUGUUUGAUGGAUCUUUCUUCUACAAUAAUGUUUAAAAUUAAACAAAAAGCUGUUGUAAAAAUAGAAUAAAUACGGAGUAGGGAGAGAAAAGCUUCUGAUUCAUUAAGAUCACUUCAUCAUGUCUGGGUUUAUUUGCAACAUGGGAAUACAGAUUUCUAAAGCAAUUUGGAAGAUCUCAUUUUGCAACCAAUUAAUUAUUUUAUGAUUGGCAUACUUUUCCUAGACACAUCGCCUAAAUCUUGGAAUACCAAGUCCUGAAUUCUAUUACUAAUUAAGCGAUAUCUCUAAAAAAGAAUCAAUUGCUCCAACAUGACAUUAUCCUUCUAGAAAAGCAAAAUGGAAGAAAUACAAUAAUCUCAGAAAUAGAAUUUGUUAAAACAGUAUUCAUUCUUUUAAUAAGGCCAAGAAAUAAAAAUGUGUUCAAGAAGUAAUCUAUA